CCGCCUCGCGCCUGCGUCAUGACGUCACGGCAGGCUAUAAGAGCGCGGCGUGCGGCCAGUCACUUCCUUUCAGCGAGCGCGUCGCGGCGGCGGGAUGGCGCCGCAAAAAGAUAGAAAAUCGAAGAAGGCGACGUGGAAGUUUUGCCUUGACCUGACUCAUCCUGUGGAAGAUGGAAUCUUCGAUUCCGGGAACUUUGAACAGUUCCUAAAGGAGAAGGUUAAGGUCAACGGAAAAACUGGAAACUUGGGCAACACUGUUCACAUUGAACGUUUGAAAAACAAGAUCACAGUGACAUCCGAGAAGCAGUUUUCUAAAAGGUACCUAAAAUACCUCACAAAGAAGUACCUCAAGAAGAACAACCUGCGUGACUGGCUUCGUGUUGUUGCAUCUGACAAAGAGACGUAUGAACUGCGCUACUUCCAAAUCAGUCAAGAUGAAGAAGGCUCAGAAUCUGAAGAAUAAUUGAAGCUUGCUUCAUACUCAACACAGCGUACAAAGGCAACAUCUAUUUAUGAGAACACUUAACUUAUUGGUGAAUAAAGACUUUGUACUCUGUUUGACAGAG